CUGAUGACUUUCCUCUCUUAUCCUUCACACAUUCGUGUAAUCUAUUUUGCCCACACAAUUAUUUCAUUGGCUUGCAUAACACCACCAAAGAUACAUCCAAUGUCUUAACUUACCACCUCAUAAAACACUCCUUACUUACCUCCUAAUCUAUACCCUCAUCUUAGUCUUCCCCAAGCAUACACCUUCAAUACCAAUAUUAUUUUGAAUUACCCAAAAGCCAAUUGUAAUGGCUUCAGAAUCAAACACAAAACUGUUAGAAGAACUAGAAGUACUCAGCAGUUCUCUUUACCAGUCUCACAUUUCUGCAACCAGAAGAACUGCGUCACUCGCCCUCCCUCGGUCUUCUGCUCCUCCCAUUCCUACAGCCGAUGAAGCAGACACAGCUACGAUUGAUGACACCAGGCCCAAGAGCAAAGCCAGGCGAAUGUCCCUGUCUCCCUGGCGUUCUCGGACUAAGGACGAUGAUGUUCAAAAUCAGCAGAAGAAAGAUAAAGAGAGAGAAGUUGAGCUUUUUGAUCAGGAUGAUACUCCAUCCAAAGACAAAAAGGGAAUCUGGAAAUGGAAGCCAAUGCGAGCUCUGUCGCAUAUUGGAAUGCAGAAACUGAGCUGCCUCUUUUCUGUAGAAGUGGUUGCAGCUCAGGGUCUGCCGACAUCAAUGAAUGGGCUUAGGCUCUCAGUUUGUGUCAGGAAGAAGGAAACUAAAGACGGGGCGGUCAAUACAAUGCCAUCAAGGGUCUCCCAAGGAGCAGCUGAUUUCGAGGAGACCUUAUUCAUUAGAUGCCAUGUUUAUUGCUCACAAGCCAGUGAUAAGCAACAGAUGAAAUUUGAACCACGACCCUUUCUGAUUUACCUUUUUUCUCUUGAUGCGUCAGAACUCGACUUUGGAAGAAGCUCGGUGGAUUUGAGCCGCCUUAUUCAGAAAUCGCUCGAGAAGAAUGCUGAGGGUACCAGAAUACGACAGUGGGACACAAGUUUUGACCUCUCAGGAAAGGCAAAGGGCGGACAACUUCUUCUGAAAUUAGCGUUCCAGGUGAUGGAGAAAGAUGGAGCUGGAGGAUUGUUCACUCAGUUUGACAGAUUAAAGUCAGGAAAAGAAAAGGCAUCACCUUCUACAUUUGGACGGAAACAGUCCAAAUCAUCAUUCAGCAUACCCAGUCCCAAGCUUUCGAGUAGCGCAGAAGUUUGGACUCCAUCUCAACCAGGAACCACCGCAGAUAUUCAAGGUAUUGAGCACCUGAACCUUGAUGAGCCUGCACCUGUAGUAGAACCUCAGAAGCCGAAAGUAGAAGAAGAUUCAACAGUAGAGGAUAUUGAUCUUCCAGAUUUUGAAGUGGUGGACAAAGGUGUAGAGAUGCAGGAUACCGAAGAAACCAAAGAUGAGGAUGUAACUGAAAAAGCUGAAGAUGGGUCAUCAACAAGUGAGGUAGUGAAAGAAGUGGUACAUGAUCAUGUCCACCUGAACAGAUUAACAGAGUUGGACUCCAUAGCUCAACAGAUAAAAGCACUUGAAUCAAUGAUGAUUGAAGAAAAAAUGGAGCAAACAAAUGAAGAAACGGAAGCAGAGAAGCUUGAUGCUGAUGAAGAAACUGUGACAAUGGAAUUCCUUCAGAUGCUUGAAGACGAGGAAGCAGGUUACUUUGACGAAUUUCAAUUUAAGAUGCCCGCUUUCACUCUGGACGAAACUGAGGAUACUGCAGAUGCUGAGUCGAGAGCUUUUCUACCAGACCUUGGCAAGGGUUUGGGGUCUGUAGUUCAGACAAGAAAUGGAGGGUAUUUAGCUGCUACAAAUCCUUUAAGCAUAGAGGUAUCAAAGACAGACACUCCAAAGCUUGCAAUGCAGAUAUCUAAACCUUUUGUUCUUACUUUGGACAAAUCCAUCAAUGGGUUUGAGCUAUUUCAAAGGAUGGCUGCUAUUGGGGUUGAACAAUUUUGCUCAGAAGUUCUGUCUUUGAUGCCCAUAGAAGAGCUGAUGGGGAAAACUGCUGAACAAGUAGCUUUUGAAGGCAUUGCAUCAACAAUCAUCAGUGGGAGAAAGAAGGAAGGCGCCAGUUCAAGUGCUGCUCGUACCCUUGCUACCAUUAAAAAAAUUGCAAAUGCCAUGGGCACAGGCAGGAAAGAACGAAUUACCACAGGGCUUUGGAAUGUUAACGAAGAUCCAAUAACAGCAGAAGAAAUUCUGCCAUUCUCAAUGCAGAAGAUUGAAGCUAUGGCAAUCGAUGCACUGAAAAUACAAGCUAAUAUGGUCGAAGAAGAUGCUCCCUUUGAUGUCUCUCCACUUGGUGGGAAGGGCAGUCAAAAGGAACAAAAUAACCCACUUGCUUCAGCAAUCCCGCUUGAUGAGUGGAUAAAAAAUAAUGAGCAUAAAGAGUCAGAAACCAUCGCACUGGUGAUGUUGGUUCAGUUGCGUGACCCAUUGAGGAGAAAUGAAGCAGUUGGUGGGCCUGUUUUAGUACUGGUUCACGCUAAUCCUGCUGAGAUGAAACAAGACAAAGAUGAGUUAACAAAAUUUAAAGUUUCCAGUUUGCAUGUUGGGGGAAUGAAAGUUCAAACAGGGCAAAAGAGAAAUAGUUGGGAUACUGAGAAGCAGAGAUUGACUGCUAUGCAGUGGCUCAUAGCACACAAUAUGGGUAGGGCAGCGAAAAUUGGAAAAUCUCCAAGCUCAAAGGGCCAGGAUUUAUUAUGGAGUAUUUCCUCAAGAAUAGUUGCAGAUAUGUGGCUCAAGUCUAUAAGAAACCCAGACGUGAAGUUUUUCAAGUAAAUGGAGCAAUAUGUAUUUUUUGAUGUACCUACUUGUUCUGAAUAAAAUUAGAAUGCAGAAAUAAUAUUGCGAUUAGGGUUUGGAUUUUUAAUACUUAGUUUGUAUUAUUGCUUAAUGAUGAAUUACACCGAUAUUUAUACACAAA